UUAUCAAAUGCGUGACAAAUUGAGCUACUCACAAUGUUGUGUCACAAUUCUGAUGUCUCUGGAAAUUCUGGUGGGAUUGAUACUUCUUUGCGUAACGACUUACUUCCACUACGUCUUCAAAACUUACAUCCCAAAAUCCGAGCGCCAAUUCCUGUUCAGUCAAAUUACUAGCAUUUAUAUUCUAGACUUCGAAAUUUUCGUAUGUUUCUUCCUCGGACUUGCUUUAUGGCAUCAGUGUUGUAAAAACGAUACAAUAACGCAUCACUCCAAACUGUUGCUUCUAUGGAAAAGUUUUAGUUCCAUGGUUGUUGUGUGCGGAUCGGUGACGAUUUGGUUCCAGUACAACAACAUUGAAUCCUUGCAAAUAGCAUACGCAUCGUCUUUGUUUCAAGGGAUCGAUCUUUAUUUCACGGAACCAGAAUGGAAGAUUCUCUGGGACGAAAUUCAGAUUCGCAAUGAAUGUUGUGGUGUUCUUGGAUUCAAGGAUUGGCAAGAAGCUGUGUGGAUUUCACAGCAGGAUGAUUGUCCACAAAUGUCAGACUCAUUCCUCCCUAUGGCAGUGAUUCCGUAUGCUUGUUGUAAACGAUCAGCUACUUCUUGUUUUGAAAGUUUUGCUCCCAAUUCACAUGCAACAGAUAUCGAGGAUUUGGACAAAGAUACUUGUAUAAGUGACAUAAAUACAGGUGGAUGCCUCGCUAAAUUUAAGAGUCUUACAUUACAAUUUUCCCACAUCCUCUCCGGUAUAUGGAUCUUUUGCGUAGUCAUAGAAAUGGUACUUCUGACUUUUAUACUUUGUACAAUUUUUAGAGCGAAAAAAAAUGAGUGUAAUGCUUCUUUUAAAGAUAAUAGUGAUGAGCGGCCAUUAGUGGUUCUGAAAUAUUCACGAAAUGUUCGUUGCAUAACUCUCACAGAUGAGGAAACAUUUGGCGAUGACGAAGACGAAGAAAAGCCGUUCAAUCAAAGAUGUUCAAACUGUCUAAAAGAGGUUACAUCUAUUAGACAGGAUGUUUUAAGAAAUUGCAGCUCAGGACAAAAUAUAUUUGUUCAUUAAUAUUAAGUCUAUGUGCAUAUUUAUUUUUGCUUAUUUAUUUUUAAAUUUUAAUAAACAAACAA